AAGGGUCCGCUACUCAGGUUUCGAUCAAUCGCGGUGGUGAGAGAGCAACAGCCAUCCGAGACAGUUCGUCCACCGCGGCCCCCCGACGGCAUUCGUUUGCAGAACACGCGUGUAUCGGUCGCCCGGCACGCUUCCGCCACUCCUCAAGCUGCACUUACACCGUGCCACUUUGGAGCUCCUUUCGAGUGACGCUGUCGACGGCACCGAGACGAAAACAGAACGGGAGACGACGCGCCCAGCCAGUAAGCAGCAGUAGCAGCAUCAACUCGACGCCGAAUCAGUCAGUCAGUGAAAGGGAAUCAUGAAGACAACACACAGACAAGCCUUCGUCGCACUCCUCUUCUUCGUGACUGCAGCUAGCACCGUGUUCUCCGUUGGCGACACCGGCAAGUGCGUGAUGCGGGGAAUCUGCGACGCCGACGGCACCAGGGCGCCUUGUGUCUACAGCGGCGAACCAAAGCCGAUCGAGAGCGCCGCCAGUCGCGGUGUCCUGGAGACCGUGUGCGGCGAUGUGCUUGGCAACGUGACUCAGCCGCUGUGUUGCGACGGCAGCCAGGCAGAGGACUUCGCCGAGAACCUGCAGUCGGCCAAGGCCAUUGGACUGGACAACUGUCCCGCCUGCAGCCGCAACUUCCGUGCGCUCAUGUGUCACAUGCUGUGCUCGCCGCGACAGGCCGACUUCAUGCAGCUGCUGAAGAGCGAGGUUAACGAGGACAAGGAGAGUUACGUUUCGUCGCUCAACUUCUACGUCACGCCUGCGUUCGUGCGGGGCAUGUUCGACUCGUGCAAGGACUCGCGCAGCAAGAUACCUUCUAUCAGCCUCUUCAACUUCAUGUGCGGUCGCUGGCACACCGACUGCACGGCCGAACGUUGGUUGGGCUUUCUCGGAGCGUCUCCCAGUGAGGGUGGACUCUCACCUAUGAGUGUCAAGCACGUCCAAACGGACAAAGAACACAAGACGCCCGAGGGAGCAGUCUUCAAGCCGCUGUCUGUUGAGACGUUUGCGUGCAACCAGAGCAAGGGUUCUGUCAAAGCCUGUUCCUGCGAAAACUGCAAGUCCGCGUGCUCGUAGUGUUGUGCACCUGUCAUUAAUUCCUCGUUACUCCUCGUUCAUGCUCCAGCGAAGACGCGUUCGAGUCACGUCGUUGGUAUCAAAUUACAGGUGCGUGGUUAAAGCGGGUGUCUGGGCAUGCGUGUUGUAAACAGGAUCAAGUUCAGCUUUUUAACCAAGGCACUCAGGUAAAGCGCUGAUCUACUUCCGGAGUGUUACGUAUAGGAGACGCAGAGCAAUUUCCCACAUAGCAGUCGAGCUAAACAGACGUGUUUUUGUUUUUUUUUCAACGAAUUGGCUUACCAAGUCAUAUCAAAGGAAUGAAGCGAUGUGCCAAGUUUGGACAAAAAGAUAGGCGAACUUUCUUCUCUGUGCCUCUAUCAGCGCUGUUGCUUAAAGCAAAUUUUACGUGAAUGAUUGUCACAUUGCAUCGUUACCUGUCGUUAAUACUUCACCUUUUCCAUGUCAAGAUUACUUUCAAAACUGUUGUUUGCAUGUUUUCAUUUGUUCUCAACACGAAAAUAAAUAUUUGAACGUAGAGUUGUUUCCGUCUGCCCAAACA